AGUUUACUCCAUCUAGUAUACAAGUAGGAACCUAGCAUGCUCAUUAAAACGUUCAGUGGCUAAAUUAGUAAAAACGGGUCUUUAGAAAACGACAUAGUUGUGAACAUUUAGUUUCAAAAGACAGCAAUAACUUCAAGGGUGUUUGUUGAAUUAAUCAAAAUGUCGUCUCAACGAAAAAAGUCCGAGAACGUGAGAAAGAAAGUGACCAAGUCUGAGGAUAACCUGUUACUCUCUGGACUUUCACUCAACGUUGCCCACAUGGACAUCAAUCAGAAGACUUUGGAGAAAUGCAAGGACCUCCCCGCCGCCGAUUUAACGGAGACAUUGCUGCUGGAGUCUAGAAUAAAAGAACAAGCCAACCUGAUCUGUGUACUAAAAGAAAGAUCAGGCGACCUGUUUCACCAAUGUCAAAGUCUGCAGCAAGUCAAGACUGAGCUGGAGAAGCAACUUGAAAGCUGUCAGAAAGAAGUUGUGCAAAAGCAGCAGAGAGCGGAGCUAGUGGAGAAAAGAUUUUUGGAUUUAGACGCCAACAGUCGAGCGAUUAUUGUGUUCAUGGAGGAGUACAAACACCAGAAUGCACAACUGAAGUUAGAAAACAAGCAGCUGCAGACAGAAAAUGACAUGCUUUUCUCCCAAAAGUUACACGAUAAAGAGGUGACCAUUCAAAAGCUGACAAAGCAAAUCAAAGCGUUGACAGAGGAGUUCACAACUAAGGAAACUGCAUAUCAGGAGAAAAUAACCCAAAGUGAAUCAACAUCCUUGAAACAGUCAAAAGAGCAUCAAGAAAUGGCAGCAUCGUUACUUGAACAAUUGACUGAAACUCAGCAACACCAUGCGGUCGCAGAACAAACGUGGAAAGCCGGAAAGCUGAAACUUCUAAAAGCCGAGGAGCAGCAUGCCUUGAAGGAAGCCACAAUGAGCAAAAGUAUUACAAGCCUCACCAAAGAGAGAGACAAACUGCUGCGUACCUCUGUGGAACAAGAGAACACUAUACAGGAGAAGCUAGAAGAACUCCGGCUUCUGGAGAUACAAUACAAAGAGCAGAAAAGAGCCCGGACAAAAGCAGAGGAAAGGUUUAAACAGGAAGCACAGGCAGUUAACACAGAUAAAAGAGUGAAGGCCCUCAAGCUGGCCCUGGAAGAAGCCAGGACAAAGUACCAGAAGCUGAACAAGGAUUUCGAGGCAUUCAAAGAACACAGCAACAGUCUACUUACUAAGGAAAGGGAGCUAAAUAAGAUACUGCGACACUUGAGGAACUAAACCUUCAGAGUUUGCAAAUCUCUCAAGAAUAGGUCUCAAUUAAAAACGAUCAGUGCACAAAAAAAAGACAGUAUGAGCAUUACUGUAUCACAAUGUCAUCUUUAAUCUCAUUGUAAGAUUUCCAGAUCAUUACAAGCAAAGCACAACAUAUUUAGCAUGACACAUCAGAAGUUCCUCAAAUAGAAAUUAUACUGUACAAAUCAGAGAGCCUUCCAUACAUUAUCAUUUAAGAGUGUUCCUCUGCCAGUUUCUCUGCCUUUUGGACCACUUCUUCAAUGGGACCGACCAUAUAGAAAGCCUGUUCAGGCAAGGCAUCGUAGUCACCUGGAGAAGAGUACGGGAAGAAAGGUUUUAGCAGGAAAAGAGCUUUAUCCCAUUUUGGAAAUGUAUUCUUUUGCAGCACUACCUGCUAGAAUGCUCUGGAAUCCUUUAAUUGUUUCCUUGAGAGGCACCAGCUUCCCCAUGUGGCCAGUGAAGACUUCAGCCACCUGGAAAGGCUGGGACAGGAAACGCUGGAUCUUGCGAGCACGAGCUACAGUCAGCUUGUCUUCCUCAGACAGUUCAUCCAUACCCAGAAUAGCGAUGAUAUCUUGUAAUGACUUGUAGUCCUGGAAAG